AUGGAAGUUGUUUUGGCCGGAACAGAUGACGAUAAUGAUCUCGGUGGCAGAGUGAUUGUCGUGGAUUCAUCGUCCAAUCAUAACAACAACAAAUCCACCCUGCACCAAGAGGACAAGGCCCAAGAAAUUCGAGACUGCUUGCAGCUUCACGAGGGGAGUGGCACGGUGGAUCUGUGGGAGUUGCGGCAGUUGGCAUUGUCUCCCGGUGGACUCUUGCAACCGUCGCUGCGUCGUGUGGCAUGGCCGCUCUUGUUGGGGCUCUCGUCGUCGUCCCCAGUGUCGCCGGACGACACUAGUCAGAAAACCGAGAGUGUGCAAGGCUUGUGUUGGAAGAUGGCGCAAUCGGAACAGUUCUGGUACAAUGUGCCAUUGGAUGCUCCUGCCAUGGUGUCGUCGCCGUGUUCCUCCAGCGACACCACUACCAGUCAGGCAGACACUCUGAUGGACGAACCUUCGGAAUAUGAUCGAGCCUUGAUUGCCACGGUGCUUGCCAAUGCCUCUCAAGCAGAACAUGCACCCAGUCUGGCCAAUUUGGCCGCGUUGCUAGUCAUCAACUUGGAUAGUGAAUCGUCCAUGGCCAGUCAAGUGCUCGCUCGCAUGACCACAUACUCCUUGUCGGCUGCCUUGAGUGGCGCCGCUUCGUUGGAGCAAAUGGUGUCUGUCAUUGUCGAUCAGCUCCACUUGCAAGAGCCUCCAUCCAUGGCUGCCCACGCGGGAACUUGGUUCAGUGAUGGUGUCGCCGACGUGCAAACUACAUCGCGGCUCGUGGAUGCCUUUUUGGUCAGCCAUCCACUCUUCCCAUUGUAUUUUGCAGCGGCCAUUCCAAAAGGGGAACCAUGGACCAUGGAGAAUGUCGAGGCGUGGAUGGCACUGGGACUAGACUACAUGCAACAAAUACCACCCGCUGCAUUGGUGCAAGCUGCAAAGACGUCCUAUGUUGUCCCCACAACUCCAGCCUGGGCAUUGGAACCAACCGUCUCUGUCAAUUGGGUUCCUUCCAAAGCGGAAGCUACUCCACCAACACAACAAGAGCCCCUUUCCGAGGAUGAUGAUUCUGAUGACGGAGAUACCGAUGGUGACAGCAAGUGGGAGCGCCUGUCCGCACUCUCGGUGGAAGCUGUGGAGCAACAGGAAGCAGCUACUGACGACCGUAUGGAUGAGGCUAUGCUUUUGGAGUCGUAUCCAUUGGCGGCCAUGGCCGCUGGGAUGGCGGUGACCACGACAGCACGAAGCCUUCCAGCUUCUCCUGCCGCUGAAGCCGGGAAGAGAAAGGUUAAGAACGUUGGCAGUGGAGUCUUGCGAGUCCUUCUCUUUGCUAUUGUGGUUGUGGCGUACGCAGUAUGGUCGAAUGGCUUGGUUGGUCGAGCACGCAUUCCUCAUGAAGCAACGCCCGUUGUUGAUCCCAUGCCCAUGGCUCGAAAUAAGCGACGCAAACGCCCUGCUCCCACCAAAGUUCCAAGCGUGAAGGCCCCACCGUCUAGGAUUCCAAUCUCAAGGGCACACCCUUCGGUCGUUGCGCCUCCUACCGGUAUCCCAACAGCUGCACCAGUGCCGUCACCACCUCCCAAGCCAGUGUUCACGGCUCUGGUACUGAAAGCCGAGUCGACUGUGAUGGCUCCCAAUGCUGCUACCAAAACGCAACAAUCCACUGCUACUACUAGUAGCACACCCGAGCCAGUCAAAAACUUCGUGUUGGAUGGGAUUGCACAGAGCAUCGAACCCGUCGUCGAGUUUUGCUUUGAAUGCUGGCGUGAUGGCAUCCUUGCCAAGCCAACCGCAGUGACAUCCACCCCAGAACCCAAGGUCAAGCCCUUGCAAGCCUUGGCCAAAAAGGUCGGAAAGGCUCUGGAUCGAGUUCGACGCGUAGUCAAGAAUGUUCGGGUGGUCAUGACGUUGGGAUUGUUGUCUGUGUUGCACUUGAUCAUCCCCACACGAACAGGGGAGAGCAACUAA